GCCGGACAAUCGUCACACACGAUAUCCACACGCACCGAACGCACGCCGGCCACUCGUUAUCGCACCGCCACCGCGUGUUAUCGUCAGUAUUGUCCCGUCAGUCCGUGUGAAAAAAAAAAAAAAAACGAAAUCGCUCAACACAAAUAACCGUCGGGUUUUUUUCGCUUUGAAUUUUUUUGCCUUUACUUCGGUAAAGUCCGCCGGUUUCCCGACAGCAGAAUAUUAUCGUUACAUAUACGUGGACACGUAAACCGUCAGUUUUUUAUAUCCCCCGUUUCUCUGAACGCGGCCGACUGUUGGGGGUUUUGAUUUUUUCUCGCGUCCGGUAUUUUCGCCCCCUCGUUCGUUUAUCGUGCGGUCUUACACCGUUAUGUACGCGUCGGGCGACCCGUGAUACUCGUGUGCCACUGCCUAGGAAUUUCGAUGAGCCGCACAUCGUCGCAAACGAAGACGACGACGAUGACGACGACGACGAUGAAGGCGAUAACGACCACUACGCUGUUGGCCGUGUGGUCGCUGAUGCUCAUGAUGACCGCCGAGGUGCCCGCCGUGUCCGGUUACCGGGCGGUCCGCACGUCCGGCCCGUUGCCGGUCACCGUGCACGUUCGGGCAGGCGGAGUAGUCGCCGGCGGACCGGCCGCUAACAGAACCUCCGGCGGCGGAAUAAUUUUCCCGGGGUCUGCGGCACAGUCCACCACCGCAUCGGCGGCAUCACCGUCGCCGUCACCGUCGUCGUCGUCGGCCGCCAAUGCCGCAGCGGCCGCGGCCGCAGGGUUUGGGUCUUUCACAACCAGUAGCUCGGCGGCGUCCAAUCAGACCGCCGCUGGUCGGAACCAGACGAGAUCCGAAAGACUCAGAGCCAGGUUAGUCCGAUAA